AGGAAGGAAAGAAGGCACCAAUUUCAAACAGUAUUUCAGUAUUCCAAUUCUUUUAUAUUCUUUGGUUUACUUAACCAUAGAUUUGCGUAGAAUGAAAUAGAAUUUUAUUGCACCUAUUGCAAUGGAGAAGGACAUAUCUACCCAUAUCCUUACAUACAGAGGUAAAGUGUUGAUGGUGAGACAUAUUGAAAACACCGACACGAUCAACUUCACAGUGCAUGGCUAUUCAAAGGAUACAAGACAAUUCGUAAAACAAAAGGAAAGGGAGCGCCAGCUUGGCAUGGAAUGGCCAGGUAUUCGAGUUACCGGCUUUGAAUGUAUUGUAGAAUAUGUGACAGGAAUAAAACAGCCAUGCCUAUUGGUGGAAAACCACUGUGGCAGAACUGAACAACUUUGUUUACAUUUAUUUUUCUUAGUAAAUAUUAGUUCUCAUGUCAAAAUAGCUUCCUUCAAUCUUUGCAGUAGCAUUUCACGUCUAGAAUACAAGCUAAAUGAUGGACCUUGUGUCAGCUGGUUGCACAGGAACUGUCUUGAGUUUCUUAGAUGGAACACAAUCUCAAAAUCCCUUGAGCACUCUUCUCACAUUUGCACAAGUGAUGAACUUUAUUCUUCCUUAAAACUAUUAUGGUCUGGUAUGAUGAAUGACAAGCUAGUUGCCAUAGCAACUCUCACCACAGAAACCAAUAAAACAGAAUGGUUAUGUAUUGACUUUGAAAGAGGGUUGGUGCCAAGUGAAAGGAUUUUGCCAAGCGUUUAUUCCUCAACAGCGCUGUGCUGUUAUGUUACUGAUGAUGAUACUGUACGUCAGAGGAUAUACAUUGGUACAUCAAUGAGGCAGUUGAUUGGAUUUCAACAAGGGAAGCUAGUAGGACACUGUCAGCUACCAUUUGAUGAUCCAUGUCACAUUAUUAGCAUGGAGACAGAAGAGGGUUCUACAUAUGUUAUGGUGCAGUCCAAGAAGAACAAAGUUUGUGCAAUUAAUUGCAAUCAGAGUAAGAUCGUACAUGAGUGGUCUAAUAAGGACAUUAUUCUAAUUGAUGAUUUCCUGGAAAGGGGUACAGAUCAGCUGUGUUUACUUCAAGGGUCUUUUAGAGGUGAAUAG